AAAAAUCUUCAAAUCUCCAGAAAUAGAAGACUUAUUCUCAAAGUCUCAAAUCAGGACAUAUUACAGAGAAAUAAGCUAAACUCAAACCUUAUUUUUAGAAUUAGAAAUGAAAUCAAUCAGCAGUUCUUUUCUCAGUUAAUAACUGAUAUUAAAGUUCAAAAAUCAGUUAUAGCUUCAAUUAAGUCAUUCUUCUUUGAAAACUUCAUUAUUCUGACUACAAUGUCUGAAUUCA